UUUGGGUUAACUUUGUUUUCACGGCUUCCCUUAUUAUUGAUUGAUGACUGGUGUUCAUGGAGGAAUGAUUCUGGCAGAGAAUUGUCAUAUCAGCCCUGAAUGCAUCAUUGUCUCGGAAACGGUGCCAAUGAGUCGUUUAGCAAAUGGAGAAGCGGAGCACAAUCUUCACAAUCAAAGAGAUCAAAGUCUAUGUCAAGGCUAUAGUGGAAGAAAUGGAAAUGUGGGCUCUGUUGUAAUCAGUUCUACUACUAAUCAUGAUGGAAAUUAUGGGGAAGAAAGAGCAUCAAGAAUAUCUGUCAGAGAUACUGCAGACAACAUGAAUGGGAACAUGCAGCCAGAUGUUAUAUCUAAAAAAGCAAGACAGCAGAAAGAAAUGACUUUAGAGGAUAUGUACAAUAAUCAAUAUGAUUUUGACGACGACGAUGAUGAUAGUGACUGGGAGCCCUCCCAAAAACUUACAACAGUUGUAAAGUGGUUUUGUGUCAAUUGUACAAUGGUUAAUCUAGAUGAUGUUGUCCAUUGUGAUAUAUGUGGAGAACAUAAAGAAUCAGGAAUUGUUAAGCAUGGAUUUUUUGCAUCUCCUUUCUUGAAAGAAGCAGGUCUUACUCAGAAUGAGUCGGAAAUAGAACAAUACAAAGAUUCAUGCUCGCGAUUUUUGGUGUCGGACAAUUCUACUGCUAUUGGAUUUGAUGAGAGAAUGUUGCUUCACUCAGAAGUAUGUGCUGCUUUCCUGCAUUUAAUUUUUUGAAAUUUCCUUUUGAACUUCUUUAGUAUACUUAUCCAAAACAAGAAGUAAACAACGCUUUUAUUUUACAAAUAGAGAACCAAAUAUAAGGAGAAGCAAACAACCAAAUAAAGAAGAAUAAACCAAAAAGGAACCGAAUACCAAAUGCCAAUGGAGAGAUUUGAACCGAAGAACUCUCUUAACUUGAGCUCUGAUAUCAUGUUAAGUCACCAAUUGUUCGAGAAGUAAGUUGCUAGGCAAUGGGCCCAACAAUGUAAUAUAUCAAAAGCUAUCCAACCCACGUAAAGGGUAAACAAGAGCAUUAUUUUUAUAUAUUGAACGGAAAUAUAACAGCCGAGAUUUCAGAGAUACGGUGAUUUUUUUGGAAUAUAAUGGAAAAUAACUAAAAGCAGUGGAUGAAUAAAAUAUUCAAAUAACAGU